AAGAUGGCGGCGGCGAGUUAGAAAGCUGCAGACGGAGCGGCGGCGCAGGAGAGGCGAGCGAGGGCUAGCAGGCAGGCUGAGUCGCAGCGGCGGAGGGAAGCUGCAAGGAGGCCCGGCGCUCGGUGGGAGAGCUGACAGGCGGCCAGAAGAUGGUGGAACCAGGACAAGACUUGUUGCUUGCUGCUUUGAGCGAGAGUGGGAUCAGUCCAAAUGAUCUGUUUGAUAUUGAUUCUGCAGAUAUGGGUCUUUCAACCCCAACUCCAACUGCUCAACAGUCAGUACCAUUUAAUACAUUAGAAAUGGGCUUGGAGACGGAAGCAUCAGUUGCUGUCAAAGCAGAGCCACAGGCUACGUCUUCACCAACUGUAUUGAAUAUCAGGCAACCACCCUCAACCACAACCUUUGUCUUGAAUCAAAUAAACCAGCUCCCUACUUUGGGAACGACCAUAGUAAUGACAAAAACAACUCCCGUCACCACUACCCGGCAAACAAUCACUGUAGCCAAAAUUAUACAAACAAGCACCACUACCCGGCCGUCAGUUACUAUGCCUGUUGCCCGGAACACCCUGACAACACCACCCCCAAAGGACCAGAUCCAGUUGAAAGACCUUCUCAAGAACAACAGUCUAAAUGAACUGAUGAAGUUGAAACCACCUCCAAACAUAGCUCAACCAGUUGCAACAGCUGCAACUGAUUUGAGCAAUGGUGCUGUAAAAAAGGAGGCCUCUACGAAAGAAGUCGCGAGAAUAUGGGUAAAUGAUCUAAAAAUGAGAAGCUUUUCUCCCACAAUGAAAGUGCCAGUAACAAAAGAGGAAGAAGAACCUGAAGAAGAUGAUGAAGAAGAAAUGGGCCACGCAGAGACAUAUGCAGAGUAUAUGCCUAUAAAAUUAAAAAUCGGCCUGCGUCACCCCGACCCAGUGGUAGAAACCAGCUCUCUUUCCAGUGUUACCCCUCCUGAGGUUUGGUACAAGUCAUCAAUUCCUGAGGAGAGUAUUGACAAUGGCUGGCUGUCAGCAUUGCAGCUUGAAGCAAUCACAUAUGCCGCUCAGCAACAUGAAACAUUCCUCCCCAAUGGAGACAGGGCUGGAUUUUUAAUUGGUGAUGGUGCCGGUGUCGGAAAAGGAAGAACCAUAGCUGGCAUAAUCUAUGAAAACUAUCUCUUGGGUAGAAAAAGGGCAGUAUGGUUUAGUGUUUCAAACGAUCUGAAAUAUGAUGCGGAAAGAGAUUUGAGAGAUAUUGGAGCAAAAAACAUUUUGGUCCAUUCAUUAAAUAAGUUCAAAUAUGGAAAGAUUUCUUCUAAACAUAAUGGAAGUGUGAAGAAAGGUGUUAUAUUUGCCACAUACUCAUCUCUUAUUGGGGAAAGUCAGUCUGGAGGAAAAUAUAAAACCAGGCUCAAGCAGCUUCUCCACUGGUGUGGAGAUGACUUCGACGGAGUUAUAGUAUUUGAUGAAUGUCACAAGGCAAAGAAUCUUUGCCCUGUUGGCUCUUCAAAACCAACGAAGACCGGGCUGGCUGUUCUGGAGCUGCAGAAUAAACUUCCCAAGGCCAGAGUGGUUUAUGCUAGUGCCACAGGUGCAUCUGAGCCACGCAAUAUGGCAUAUAUGAAUCGACUUGGUAUAUGGGGUGAAGGAACUCCAUUUAGGGAGUUCAGUGACUUUAUUCAGGCUGUUGAAAGAAGAGGCGUAGGUGCCAUGGAAAUCGUUGCUAUGGAUAUGAAGCUACGAGGAAUGUACAUAGCAAGGCAGCUGAGCUUUUCAGGUGUGACCUUCAAAAUUGAUGAAGUUCAGCUUUCUCACCAUUAUGUUAAGAUGUAUAAUAAGUCUGUGAAAAUGUGGGUAAGUGCCAGAGAGAAAUUCCAGCAAGCGGCUGACCUCAUUGAUGCAGAACAACGGAUGAAGAAGUCAAUGUGGGGCCAGUUCUGGUCUGCACACCAGAGAUUUUUCAAGUACCUCUGCAUUGCAUCCAAAGUGAAGAGAGUGGUGCAGCUGGCCCGCGAAGAAAUAAAAAAUGGCAAAUGUGUGGUCAUUGGGUUGCAGUCCACUGGGGAAGCAAGAACCUUAGAAGCCUUGGAAGAAGGUGGCGGCGAACUGAAUGACUUUGUUUCUACAGCAAAGGGAGUCUUCCAGUCUCUCAUUGAAAAACAUUUCCCAGCACCUGACAGAAAGAAGCUUUUUAGCUUGUUGGGAAUAGACUUGUCUGUUCACAGUAGUAACAAUUCUCCCAGGGACAGUCCUUGCAAGGAAGACAAAGUAAAGAAACGCAAAGGUGAAGAAAUAUCCCGGGAAACCAAAAAAGCCCGUAAAACUGGUGGAUUAGCUGGCAGCAGUUCGGAUGAGAGCUAUAGUGAGUCAGAUGCAUCUGACAACGAAGAAAGUGAUAACGAGAGCUCCCACUUUUUAAGUUCCGGAGACGACGAUGACUUCAACCCAUUUAGGGAUGAAUCUAGUGAAGAUGAUGAAGAUGACCCUUGGCUAAUCAGAAAAGAGCAUAAGAAGAAUAAAGAAAAGAAAAAGAAGAAAAGCAUAGACCCAGAUUCUAUUCAGAGUGCCUUAUUAGCAUCUGGUCUGGGAUCCAAACGGCCCAGUUCUCUCUCUUCGACAGUUGUAACACCUACUACUACUACUAUAUCUGCUAAUACUAAUACCCAUACCAGCUAUGUAACAAGUCAGGAUGCUGUUGAAAGAGCCCAGCAGAUGAAAAAAGAAUUGCUGGAUAGACUGGAAAAACUGUCCGAAGAUCUUCCACCGAAUACACUGGAUGAGCUUAUCGAUGAACUGGGUGGUCCUGAGAAUGUGGCAGAGAUGACCGGUCGCAAAGGAAGAGUUGUGAGUAAUGAUGAUGGCAGCAUCUCAUAUGAAUCAAGGUCUGAGCUUGACGUUCCAGUUGAAAUCUUAAAUAUUACCGAGAAACAGAGAUUCAUGGAUGGUGAUAAGAAUAUUGCCAUUAUCUCUGAAGCAGCCAGCUCAGGCAUAUCAUUGCAGGCAGACCGAAGAGCCAAAAACCAGAGGCGAAGGGUGCAUAUGACCCUUGAAUUACCAUGGAGUGCAGAUAGGGCAAUACAGCAGUUUGGGCGAACGCACAGGUCCAACCAAGUGACUGCACCGGAGUAUGUCUUCCUAAUUUCCGAACUGGCAGGAGAGCAAAGAUUUGCCUCAAUUGUUGCCAAACGACUGGAGAGCUUGGGCGCUCUCACUCAUGGUGACAGAAGAGCAACAGAAACAAGAGACCUGAGCAGGUUCAACUUUGACAAUAAGUACGGCCGAAAUGCACUGGAAAUAGUCAUGAAGUCCAUUGUAAACUUAGAUUCAGCGUUGGUGUCUCCUCCAGCUGACUAUCCAGGAGAGUUCUUUAAAGAUGUCCGACAAGGUUUAAUAGGCGUGGGACUAAUAAAUAUAGAAGACCGAUCAGGAAUUCUAACUCUCGACAAAGAUUACAAUAAUAUAGGGAAAUUCUUAAAUCGAAUUCUGGGUAUGGAAGUGCAUCAACAGAAUGCGUUGUUCCAGUACUUUUCAGACACGCUAAAUGCAGUAAUCCAGAACGCCAAAAAGAAUGGAAGAUACGAUAUGGGCAUUUUAGAUCUCGGCUCAGGAGAUGAGAAAGUGAGGAAGGCAGAUGCAAAAAAAUUUCUGACACCAGGAUAUUCUACCUCAGGACAUGUCGAAUUGUACACUAUAAGUGUGGAGAGAGGGAUGUCUUGGGAAGAAGCAACUAAGAUUUGGGCCGAGCAGACUGGACCAGAAGAUGGCUUUUAUUUAUCUCUACAGAUCCGAAACAAUAAGAAGACUGCAAUUCUGAUGAAAGAAGUGAAUCCCAAAAAAAAACUUUUUCUGGUUUAUCGACCAAAUACCGGGAAACAACUGAAACUGGAAACCUAUGCAGAAAUAAAGAAAAAAUAUAAAAAGGUAUCUUCCGACGAUGCUCUGCCUCAUUGGCUAGAGCAGUACACGUCAUCAGCAGACACUUGCACACAUGCUUACUGGAGAGGCAACUGUAAAAAAGCAGGCUUGGGCCUGGUUUGUGAGGUGGGUUUGCGCUGUCGGACGUACUAUGUCCUCUGCGGCUCAGUCCUGAGCGUCUGGACGAAAGUGGAAGGAGUUCUAGCCUCAGUGAGCGGUACCAAUGUUAAAAUGCAAAUUGUUCGGCUAAGAACAGAGGAUGGACAGAGAAUUGUAGGGCUAAUCAUUCCUGCAAAUUGUGUGUCCCCCCUUGUCAACCUUCUAUCAACUUCGGACCAGUCUCAGCAGCUUGCUGUGCAACAGCAGCAGAUCUGGCAACAGCACCACCCACAGAGCAUUACCAACUUCAACAACGCAUGAGAAAGAGUCUUUGGCAUUUGGCUGGGAAAACAUGUAUCAUGGCAUAUUUUUUUAAAAUAUCAGGGACAGAUUCCAAAGAAAAAACUUUCAGUUCCAUCAUGCUUAUUAGAACUGUGCAGAAGUCAAGAGGCACCGGAAGGCUCGUCUGACUGAAAGCCAAACCUUGCUUUACAGUGGUCCAUGUGUCCUUUUUCGUUUUGCUUCCUUUGUGCUCUUCCUAGUGCUUCCUUUGACAGAGUUUUAUUUUUGUCCUACUUGAGCAACACAUCAUUGCUUCCUUUGGGUUGGAAGAGGCUUGAAAAGGCCCAACCAAGCUGUCCAUUCACCUUGUCAUUGCAGUGCUCAGGGUUAAAUGCAGCACGUCGGUGCCAUUGCUGCAGGAGAGGUCCUCAGAUGCAUGUAUUUUCAGUUCCUAUAUAAAAGCAACACACAUAUAUGUGUAUAUAUAUAUGUAUAUAUAUAAUAUUGGUGGCAACAGAGGUCUCAAGCUAUACAAAAAGAGUACAUUUAUUUUAAAAAAGCAGCAUGAAGAGUAGGUGUUUGCAAACCAUGCAUUCAGGGUUGUGACCAUCUCUUGGUUUGGCUGUGCAUGGCUCCUCCGGAUCAGGCAUGAGCAAGAGGAAACCCACACAAGAUGUCGGCUGGGAGAAAGAGAGAGAGAGGCACAAUCUCAAUGCAGCGUUGACGAUUCCAUUUUUCUUUUGGUUUAAAAAUGGGGUCUGUACCGUGAUUGCAUAUUAUUAUUAUUAUUAUUAUUAUUAUUAUUAUUAUUAUUGAGGCUAUCUCCUCUAGUUUACGUGAUUGAAAUCCACAAGAUCUUCUUCCAUGCGCGUGAAAUAAAAAUCAACAUUUUAAAGCUUCCUUUUUUAAAAAAAAAUCACAAUGUAUUAAUGGUGGUCUUAAUGUGUGCUGCAAGAAGGGCUUUUUUAAAAAGCCUGGUUCUUUUCGUUCUUCCUUUUUUAAUACUUCCAGUUCCACAUGCUUCCUUCCUAGUGAGGUUUCUGGAAUCGCAAGUGCUAAUUUACUUCCAUUUCACAUGCCAUCCCUUUGAAACCUGUUAUAUAUUUUGUUACGGAAUACUUUACUUGACCUGUAAAUGAGAUAAUGAGGGAGGGGGGCAAUGGCACGCAAGGGGGGGGGGGUCUGAUGUCUGUGCUAGAUUGAUUUUUUUUUAUUUCUGUUGCCCCGUAACUUGAAUCCUUUUAUGUUGUAAGACAUUGUAGAGUUUCUCCUGGAGCUGUUUAAAAUUGUAAAUGUACAAAAUGUGAAUAGUCACUUAUCUAAAAAUAUGGGUAAGUUUUGUUUUGCCUAUAAUAGUAGAUGUUUAUAAGAAAGUGAAGGACAAUGUUUGUCAUUUUUCUUGCUUGCACAGGUUGCACUAUUGAAAAUUUGAGAUUGUAUAAACCUGUCCACAGAACUGCAAGAUCCCAAAAUCUUGUAGGUGUCAAAUUAAAAAAAAACUAUUGUUCUAACAAGAAA